AUGUCAUCUUUAGCUAAAGACUUCAUCAACUUUUUAAACGAAGCUUCAGGAUCUCCAUUUGUUGCUUGUCAAGUUGUACAGAAAAGACUUGAAUCUGCUGGUUAUGUCCGUCUUAAAGAAAAUGAGGUUUGGAACCUUGAACUUCAUAAAAAAUAUUAUCUUGUUAGAGAUGAUAGCAGUUUAGUUGCAUUUAGAACUAACAACGCAAAUGCUACAUCAAGGAUUUUCAUUACAAGUUCACAUCUUGACUCUCCUUUCUUAAAAUUAAAACCAAAUCCUGAUGUAUUCAAGAACAAUCUUGCACUAGUAUCUUGUGAAGUGUAUGGUGGUGGAAUUUGGCAUACAUGGAUUGACCGUGAUUUAGGAAUAUCUGGAAGAGUUAUUUUAGCUAAUGGAGAAAGGCAUAUUGUUUCAAUUAAGGAGCCAUUGUUUAGAAUUUGUGGAUUAGCAAUCCACCUUGACACUGAAAGAAAAUACAUAAUCGAUAAGGAUAAACAUCUCUCUGCUGUGUGUGCAGAAGCAGCAUCAAAGAAUAUUUCUGCAUAUAACUUACUUCUAAAUAAAAUUGCUGUUCAAUUAAAAGUAGAUGUAAAAGACAUUAUUUCAACUGAUCUUUGUCUCUGUGACUGUGAACCUGCAUCAUUUUUAUCUUUGAAUAAAUAUAUUGUUGGUCAAGGAAUUGAUAAUUUAAAUGGUGUUUUCACAUCAUUACAAGGAUUCUUCUCUAGUGAACAACUUAACCAAAACUCUCAACAAAUAGAUAUGUUUGUAGCAUUUGAUAAUGAAGAGGUUGGAUCAACAAAUAGAAGAGGAGCACAAAGUGUUUUUUUAACAAAUAUCAUUAACCGUGUUCAUUCUAUUCUUUUUAAUAAUGAAAGUAUCCAAUCAAUUUAUGUAGCUUAUUCAAAAUCAGUUGUUUUAUCAAUAGACGGAGCACAUGCUUCUCAUCCUACUGUUGAUGUAAUGGAAAAGAAUCAUCCAAUAAGACUUAAUAGUGGGCCAGUUUUAAAAGAACAUUGUGGACAAAGGUAUAUGUCUGAUGGACUAUUACGUGCAAUGGUCGUUAAAGCUGCUGGAGAUAUUCCCACUCAAACAUUUGUUCUUAAACAGAGUAUUCUUGGUGGAUCGACAAUAGGUCCACAUGUUGCUGCAACAACAGGAAUGACAACUAUAGAUCUUGGUAAUCCAAUGCUUUCUAUGCAUUCAAUUCGUGAGAUGUGUGGUGCUCUUGAUGUGGACUACAUGACUCAGUUAAUAGAAAGAAGUUACAUUUCUUUCCCUGCUAUUAUUUUUUAA